GCCAAACAAAUGGGUUUCGGGGCGAGCGUUGGGCUCAGCCGCGCCGUGCAGGGCGCUCGGUCUGCUUUAACAGUGGGGAGCGAGCCAGGCCUCCUGCCGCCGCCGCUGUAUUGGGGUGUGCAGCCCGGGCCAGGCCCCGGCCGGGGCAGGAGCGCAGAAUUAGUUCCUUGAGGAUUUCGACCGUUUGUUCACUGUAUUCCAAGAGCCUCAUAGAUGCGCAACAAACAUUUGUUGAAGAACCUCUGUUAUGCACCUAAAGCCAUAUUGGAAACUGCAGAAGCAAGUGCGACCUCUGGAAAUCAGCACGGAAACUCUGAGAACUCCUAUGAGCCACCAGGAGGCUAUAAAUGAUGAAAAACUCAAAGCUAGCUGCAUGAAACCAAGUGUCUUUGCUUCAGCCUCUCUUGGUAAAGCAUCAUCUCGAGAGCCUUUUGGGGUCCUAUCUCCAAAUGUUCUGUGCAGUAUGAGUGGGAAGAGUCCCGUAGAGAGCAGCGUGAGUGUUAAAACCAAGAAGAAUGCACCAUCUGCAACAAUCCACCAGGGCGAAGAAGGGGAAGGGCCACUUGAUAUCUGGGCUGUUGUGAAACCAGGAAAUACCAAGGAGAAGAUCGCAUUCUUUGCAGCCCACCAGUGUAGCAAUAGAAUAGGAUCUAUGAAAAUAAAAAGCUCCUGGGAUAUUGAUGGGAGAGCUACUAAAAGAAGGAAAAAAUCAGGGGAUCUUAAAAAAGCCAAGAUACAGUUGGAAAGGAUGAAGGAAGUCAACAGCAGGUGCUACCAGCCUGAGCCUUUUGCGUGUGGCAUUGAGCACUGUUCUGUGCAUUAUGUGAGUGACAGCGGGGACAGUGUCUAUGCCGGAAGGCCUCUGUCAGUCAUCCAGAUGGUUGCCUUCCUCGAGCAAAGAGCCAGUGCUCUGCUAGCCAGUUGUGCGAAAAACUGCACUAACUCAGCUGCCGUGGUGAGGUUUUCUGGCCAAUCCAGGGGUGUGCCCCCAGCCUCUGAGCCCUUUUCUGCUCUAGGGGCAUGUGAAGAACCCACAGAAAGGAGGAAUCCUGAGGUUGGUGAACCACAGAGCGAGCCGGUCCGCGUCCUCGACAUGGUGGCCAGGCUGGAGUCCGAGUGCUUGAAGCAACAGAGCCAGCGGGAGCCCGGGAGCCUCUCGAGGAAUAACAGCUUCCGUCGCAGCGUAGGCCGCAUGCUGCUUGUGAGUGGCACUCAGGCUGAUGAAAGCAGAGCAAACAAAGGCGCCUUGGAGGUGCCUGACACUCAGGCGAAUCCUGUGGGGUCUGUGUCUGUGGACUGUGGCCCCUUGAGAGCUGACCGUUGCUCUCCUCAGGGGGACCAGGCCUGGGACGGCGCUCCUCGGGGCUGUGCCCCACUGCCUGCAGAUGUGAGUUUCCACACGGACAGUGCAGGAUUGCAGCCAGAUCAGCAGACUGCCGGGAAAAGCAGCAAUAGAUACGACGUGGAAAUGACAGAGGAACCUGUCGGGUCACUGUUUCCUCCUCGCACCUCUCCCCAAGCCAUUGAAUUGCCCACAGAUGCUGUUGAUUGUAUGAGUCAAGAGCUUGUGCCACUUACUAACCAAAAUCCUGAUCAGAGAAGAAAAGAAUCUUUGUGUAUUAGCAUCACUGUGUCCAAGGUAGAGAAAGAGCAGGCUUCUAGUUUAAAAUCCUGCGAAGACCCACUUCCAGGGAUGUUGUUUUUUUUGACUCCUGGUCAGCACCAGUCGGGCUGUUCCCAGUUGAGCGAAAGCACAACAGAAGAGCCUUCUGGGGCCAGUCAGCUUGAAGAUGCUGCUGAGGGUGACAGUGCGUCUGGGGAAAAAAGGCUUUCAGCGGAUUCAUUUGUCCCCCCGGCCUCUCCUGUGGAAAGUACGUUACCAGUGCUCGAGGCGUCCAGUUGGAAGAAGCAGGUGUCACAUGACUUUCUGGAGACCAGAUUUAAAAUCCAGCAGCUUUUGGAGCCUCAGCAGUACAUGGCGUUUCUGCCCCACCACAUUAUGGUGAAAAUCUUCAGGUUACUUCCCACUAAGAGUUUAGUGGCUCUUAAAUGUACCUGCUGCUAUUUCAAGUUUAUCAUUGAAUAUUACAAUAUCAGGCCAGCAGAUUCUCGCUGGGUUCGGGAUCCACGCUAUAGAGAGGACCCGUGCAAGCAGUGCAAGAAGAAGUAUGUGAAAGGGGACGUGUCCCUGUGCCGGUGGCACCCUAAGCCCUAUUGCCAGGCGUUGCCCUACGGGCCAGGAUACUGGAUGUGCUGCCACCGGUCUCAGAAGGGCUUCCCUGGCUGUAAGCUGGGGCUUCAUGACAAUCACUGGGUCCCGGCUUGCCACAGCUUCAAUCGGGCAAUCCACAAGAAAUCAAAAGGGACUGAAGCCGAAGAGGAGUACUAGAGUCCGUGUGUGAGGUGAUGGGCUGGUUUUUAAAGCUGCAAGACACCGCCCAUUGCAGUGGGUGCUGCCUGUCUGAGCCCCACUCCAGGAGCCUCCGCUCGCCCCAUCUGGACGGCCGCCGCUCAGGUGUCUGACGAGCUGUGCGGGAGCAUCACUCUCGUCGUUUUACAGCAGUGCCGCGUGUUUGGUCCAGGGGGUAGCCCGCAGUGUGUCACUGGGCUGUGAAUAACUAUGCUGAUUUCCCAGAUCACAUCCUUCCUCAGAGGGUGAGGACUUGCCACCGUCCAGAAUGUUCAGAAGAGUUCAUUGCUGAAUAUGCAGGCAGUCCCCCAGAAGGGGUUCCAGGAAUGUUCUGAGCACUGUCAUCGUGUUUGAAAUAAGUGAACAGUGUCCUGUGAGAAGAACAGCAGUACUCUUGGAUGAGAAGUGUGCUUACAGAGGAAGUCGGGCACCUUAACUUGGACCUUGUGUGCGUGAUUUGUGAGAUUGAUAUUUGUGGUUGGAGGUGGAUUUCAUGCCCUGUGGUGUUUACAGUGUAUAUAAUGGUUGUGUUUUCAUAGGGCUAUGAAAGUGCACAUUAAACCCGAGCGCCUUUACUUUAGAUGAGUGCUUUUGGCCCCUCUGUAAAUAACACUAUUAAAAUCCAGUUGUAAAUAGUGGACGGCUGACUGAACAACAUAAUCACCACAAUGCAGCUAGGAUAGUGUUGCAGCUACAGUUGUGUGGUUUUUGUUUUCUUGUCUCGUCUUAAAUUUGUAUAUCCUGCGUAAGAUAUGAAUGUUUCCCAAAUAAACUAUGAAUGUUUUCUGUAUAAUAUAUGAAUGUUUCUGAGAAGAAACUCUAAAUAGUUAAGAGGUUAACCUGUUGAAAGGAUACCAAAUAAUGGUUUAACUGGACAACCUUAAAAUUAGCAUAGAGAACAAUCCUUGGUUAUAUUUUAGUGAUCUACCAAGAAUGAGAGAAUAUUAUAUAGUCAGAAUAUAACAUUCUUGCCUAUUUUAUUCUUCCUGUCUGGUUACAAUUUUUUUUUAACUUCAAUAAAAACAUGCAUCUUAAAAUGG